AUGAUCCCAGUUUACGCAAAGGUGGUGCCGGCACUGCCAACUCUUCUCGGCAGGGCGACUCCGUGCCCCGCGGAGGAGACGCAGACGGAGGAAGAAGCUCCGCGCUCCGCUUGGUGCCAGGAGAUAGACAAGAGAUGGGACUACUUCUUGCCAGGAGUCCGGGCGGGCUCACGGACGCUGGGCAUGACGGGGUUCGAGCCGAGUGCGGAGUCCAUGGCCGAGCUACUCACUCCGAAGGAGUUCCGAGACGUGUUCCGGUUGCGCACGAAACUGAGGAGAUUUGACAAAAUGGAGAAGAGAUACAAGGAGCGCUUGUGCGUUUACAAAUCGUUGUGCUACCGGCCAACGAAGUUCUGUCCGAUUGCCGCGCACUACGAGCUGAAGAUCCAACAGGCCGUACAGAUCCACAUCCCGAUUCCUCAAAGGCCUCCGCAAGCAUUUGGUCCCUGA